AUGCUCUUCCCAGAAUGCACUCCAUCAUGUGUUCAUACACUUGCAAGCAGUCUAUCUUCCAAACUUACGGAAGAUUCCCUGCUUCCUUACCAACCGUGUGCACAGUGCGUACCAUAUCUCUCUGGAUUAUCUGACCUCCCCGCCACCGUGCACAGUGUUCACAGCAUCCCUCUGGAUUCCCUAGCCCCCACUUCCCUUCACGUGUGCAACGCAUCCCUCUGGAUCCCCUACCCCCCCGUUCACGGUGUGCACUGCAUCCCGCUGGAUUCUCUAGCACCCUCCACCGUUCAAAAUUAUAAUAGAAGCCGUCUCCUCCUCUUCCUCCUCCUCCUCCUCCUCUUCCUCCUCCUCCUCUUCUUCCUCCUCCUCCUCCUCUUCUUCCUCUUCCUCAUCUUCUUCCUCUUCCUCCUCUUCUUCCUCUUCCUCCUCUUCUUCCUCUUCUUCCUCUUCUUCCUCUUCUUCCUCUUCUUCCUCUUCCUCCUCUUCUUCCUCUUCUUCCUCCUCCUCCUCUUCUUCUUCCCUUCCUCUUCUUCUUCUUCUUCUCUUCUUCCUCUUCCUCUUCUUCCUUCCUCCCUCUAUCUUCUUCCUCUUCUUCCUCUUCUUCCUCCUCCUCCUCCUCCUCCUCUUCUUUCUUCUUUCUUUCUUCUUCACCUUCUCCUUCACCCACACCACAAGAGACACAACGACACGAACGAGAAGAGACACAACGACACGAACGAGAAGAGACACAACGACACGAACGAGAAGAGACACAACGACACGAACGAGAAGAGACACAACGACACGAACGAGAAGAGACACAACGACACGAACGAGAAGAGACACAACGACACGAACGAGAGACACAAGACACGAACAGAACGACAACGACACGAACGAGAAGAGACACAACGACACGAACGAGAAGAGACACAACGACACGAACGAGAAGAGACACAACGACACGAACGAGAAGACACACAACGAUGA